CUUACUCUCAAAACACCACUUCAUAUACAGAAUCUGCCCUGUCAUGCGACAUCUCUUGAAAAAGACAUUUGCCUCAUCGUAUCGAGAAACUUACCGUCCUUUCACAAAGCCAUUCAUACUCAGCCAACGACUUCAUCACAAAAUGGCGGCCAACAACUUUUCAGCUGACGAUGCCCUCGUCGGAAAGGUGACGGCCUAUGUUGAGAAGUACAUGUCCAACUACGACGCAUCUCACGACUUCAACCAUAUCAAGCGUGUUCUCCGCCUCUCUCACCACAUUCAAUCUCACACACCUUCGACAUGCCGGUCUCUUGUCACUCUGUCCGCACUGCUCCACGACGUCGGCGACAAGAAGUAUCUCCGUCCCGGCGAAGACCCCUCACGCAUGGUGGCCUCGGUGCUCGUAUCCUUCGGCGCACCGCAGGAUCUCGCCGACACCGUUCAGGCCAUCUGUCUCGGCGUCAGCUACUCGUCCGAAGUCAAGGACCCGGCGCACACUCGGGCCCUGGUGAAGAUGUAUCCGGAGCUGGCAGUUGUGCAAGACGCCGACCGGCUGGAUGCCAUCGGUGCGGUUGGGAUUGCGAGGACGUUUGCGUUUGGAGGAGCAAAGACCCGCACGUUGGAGAACACCAUGGAGCACUUUGAUGAUAAGCUACUGUUGCUCGAGGGCAUGAUGAAGACUGAUGAGGGGAAGAGGAUGGCCAAGGAGAGGACGGAGAGGUUACGGCUGAUGAAGCAAUGGUGGCAAGAGGAGACGGCUGAGUAGAUGGGGCUAUUGAGAAAUCCGAUUCAUUCAAAUCCAAAACAUAAUCAAUUACAAAAAAGCAAUUCAAUACUAUUCCUUUA